CAGGCGACUCGGAAGAAAAAGCAGCAGAACCCAAUGCAGCCUGUAGCCCAUUCAAAGGCCUACUGUUGGACCUCUGCUUAUUUUGCAAUACGUCUUUAGUACGGACUGAAAAAUGUCCGAUUUCGAUGAGUUUGAGAAGCAGUUAAGCGAAAAUCGGCAAGAGCGGGAGAAGGAGCGACACAAGAAGCGUAGCCGCAGCCGGUCUCUGAGCCGUGGCGAGAAGCACCGCCGCUGGAGCAAGGACUCCAGGGGGCGGAGUCACGAGAAGCGCAGCAGCAGCCGCGACCGCAAGGGUCGUGACCGACGGAGCAGCUCACGCGAGCACAAGAAGCACAGCUACUCUCCUCGGAGAAGCCGUAAGAAAAGGACAUACAAGUACUGGGAUGUUCCCCCUCCGGGAUUCGAGCACAUCACCCCCAUGCAGUACAAGGCAAUGCAAGCUGCAGGGCAGAUCCCCACGAUAGCUUUACUGGCAACAUCCACCACCAGCGGCGUGGCAGUGACGCCCACCCAGGUGCCGAUGGUCGGCAGCCAGAUGACCCGGCAGGCCAGGCGGCUUUAUGUCGGCAACAUCCCCUUCGGCCUGACGGAGGAGGCCAUGGCGGAUUUCUUCAAUACCCAGAUGCGAUUGGCUGGCUUAUGUCAAGGUCCCACCAAUCCCGUCCUCGCUGUUCAGAUAAACCAGGACAAGAACUUUGCCUUCCUUGAAUUUCGGUCCGUGGAUGAGACCACGCAGGCAAUGGCCUUCGACGGCAUCAUUUUCCAGGGUCAGUCGUUAAAAAUCAGGCGGCCCCACGACUAUCGCCCCCUGCCUGGCAUCUCAGAGCAGCCCGCCUUCCACGUACCAGGGGUCGUCUCCACCGUGGUUCCAGACUCGCCACACAAGCUCUUUGUCGGAGGCCUGCCCAACUAUCUCAGUGACGAUCAGGUACCCCGCCCUCAGUCUCUGUCGCCGGGGAGCCGACCCACAACCCUCCUGUGUUUCUGUCCCACUGCUGCACGUGGAACUCAAGCAGGCAUGCACACACACGCACACGCACGCACGCACGCACGCGCACGCACAUACAUACAUAAAAUAAACACUCGUCUCUGUGUAACUGAUUAGUAGGAAAAGAAAGCCUGUCAAAGUUACCUCACCGCUUAAAAUUCAUUACAAGAUACUGGGGGGUCAAAUGUCAGCAUCAUGUUUAAAGCUAGCUGCUGAAAAUAGCCGCACAUUUGAGGUUUUUUUUUUUUUUUUUUAAAGAUAUUCAUGGGAUUUAUUAAACAUUUAUUAGACAUGUAGGUAAUGAGUUGACAGUUACAUUACGCUCAUUGUUUAUCCAGCUGUAAAUUAUGAAGAUAUUGAGACCCCGCUAAUGUAAAAGGUACGUUUCCCAAAACCUCAUGUUAUCGACUUGCAUAGUUGGAACCAUUCAGUUGUUAUCUAAUGUUGUUAGCAAAUAACCUUAUUAGCAACAAAGGCUUUGGGAAACGUGCCUUACAGCUGGCGGCUUGCCAAACCAGUCACGUAGCCAGUCCCUGUGCUGCCUGUUGCUGGGUACCCUGGAAUAUUUGUAUAUCGGGUUAAUUGCUGAGUGUUAGUCGGAUGAAUCAGCCGCGUCGUUUUGCUGCAUGAAAAUUUAAAAUCGAGUCAUCUGCGCGUCACCUAACUGACGAAUACCUCCACAUUGCCGUACACCUGUGUUUGCCCAAUCCCAGUCCUCGGGGAACCGCCGACUGUCCACAUUUUCGCUCCCUCCUAGCUCCCAGCCAAUCAGGAACACCGAAUACCUGGUACAGGUGUGCUGAGAGGAAGCAAAAACGUGGACUGACCGGGGGGGUACCCCCGAGGACUGGGCUGGGAAACACUACCAUAGACUGUGCUUGAAAUGUGGGGGAGAUCGACCAAGUCCCCAAACGCUUCAGUAUUCGCAGACGUGCCGUGUCUCACGUCCAUGUCCGCACACUGAGAACGAUGACUUCACAUCCCGUUAACAGCGAUGGGGAGCUGCGGAAGAAUCGUUCCCUACAUUGCUGUGUCGCUCGAAAGGCAGAAAAUACUUCGGACCUUUUUCCCGGUGAACGAUUAUCAGCUUCACUGGAGUUUUCACAUCGUGCCCCAUGCCCUAUUCUGUUAUGACGUCAGUGAUGGAUAAUAUUACCAUAACAACAUGCACAGAUGAGGUCGUCUUACUCUGAAAGUGUUGAAAGGGUCACAUUUUAGACAUUUUCUACUUCUCAUUAGCAUCUUUUAUGAUUUUUUUUUUUUCUUCCUAUAUCGCCACCCCACUGAAAUCGGCCCAUUAUAGACAUAAUCCAUACAGGCAUUUAAUAGUUUACCUAUUUAUUUUGCAAAAGUUAAUCGCAAAACGUUUUGCGUCCACCCCUGCAUUGUAACAUUUUGAGCUCCGGUGUCCCACUCACUUUAGCCUAAACUGUUAAAAAUGGCAAGACUCAGCCCACAAGAUAGUGAUCGCGGUUUCAGUGAAAGGUAAGUGAGAAGUGCAGUCAGUUUGUUUUUCUUUGAUUUUUUUCCUCCUUUUCGGAUUGUCAUCGUAAUCUUUCUUAUCCAGUGUGAGUCACAUGUAAUCCAAGUCAAGAGGAAGGCUGUACCAAAGCAGCACUGGGGGGAGAGAGUUUGAAUCCAGCAGAACUGUUAAUGUAUUUCACGUCAAAGCCAGUAAAUGUGCCAUAGACAGGUGAAAUGGAAACCGCUGCUUGUAUCCUGGUGUUUACAUUUUUUUUGCAGUCCCUGCUACCGCUUUGAUACUUACAGCUCUUUCAUUUUUGUUCCCCACUUUGUCCCCAGCUAGGGGCCUGUAAGAUCGUUAAGUCUUCGCUCAUAAUUUGUUCAGUAGUACUGACCUACUGCUGCCAUGCCAACAUGUAACACAAGGCAAGUAAGACAUUCCGUCCCUCGCACGGAUAUCCUCCCUGUCGACGGCCUGCCCCUGUGGGGGGGCUCUGUCCUGGAGUGCUCUUAAGCAUAUGGGGUCCUUUUUUUGGGGGUUGAAGGCUGGGGAGAGACUUAUUAUGCUGAUCACAGGGUAUAAAUUUGAUUUUUUUUUUUUUUUUUGCCCCUAAGAGAAGGUAGGAGGUAGCGCCCUCUUGUGGCUGCCAGUGUCCCAGGUGACUCCUUUCUGAAGUCAGUGGUUAAUGCGGCUUUACAGUAGAUUCCUGUAGAAUAAGUGAGGAAUGAUGUUAGCAGAGCUAUUUCGUCCUGUUUGGCUUCAAGCCGUGGCCACUUUAGCAG